GCUAAGAAUAGCCAUUUCUCUGUUCAGCACACGACGAUGAUGUUUCCACCAAUUGCUUUCUUUCAGGAUUGCUGGAGUUGUAAGUUCAAGCACGAUAUCUGACUAGUCGUUCAACACGAUCUUGUAGCUAAUUUUAUAAGCGUGAUACGUUGCACAGUGCAGUUAUACUAUAGAACUAUAGAAUCCGUACUAUAUACCUCUGUGGUGCUUGUUUUGCAUCUGUAAGCAUUGUCAAGUAGCCACCUUGCAUUUUCGGCCGCGUGGGAGUACACGGACGCUGCGUAUAAAUACUCGCAAUAGUGAUCUUCAGCCCAGCGGCAACCAGCAAUGUCUCUCACUGACCGAGAGGCAAAUCCUCAGAAUGAACCACCGUCGAGAGCCGACUCCAUGACUUUGGCUAUAGCAGAGCCUGUUCAGCGGAUGACAAACCACGAUCCUCCUGAAGACGAAAUUCACGAAAAGAUCAGCACGAAGGACUUCGGUAUUAUACCCAUCCCAAAACGAUUGCAGCAUGACCCCAAAAAUCCUCACCAAUGGACGCUACUUCUCAAUAUCGUAUUUGGACUUUCCAGUACUUUCAUUGUGUCAAACUUGUACUACUGCCAACCACUUCUAAUACAACUUGCGGAGUCCUUCGAAGUCUCGCACGAUGAGGUGUCUCGUAUUCCGACCCUCGUACAAACAGGGUACGCUGUCGGCCUCCUGUUCAUUUCUCCCUUGGGUGACUUGGUUCCACGUCGUUCACUAAUUCUACUUCUCACUGCUGGGGCUGCGUCACUCUCCAUUGGUCUACCGUUAACACAGUCGGUCACUACCUUUGAAGUACUCGAAUUCCUCGUUGGAAUAUUUACCGUCGUACCACAAAUUCUCAUGCCUCUUGCGGCAGACUUAGCGCCUCCUCACAGGCGUGCAUCGGCCCUCUCGAUCGUUUUGGCCGGAUUGCUUCUGGGCAUUCUUAUCGCCAGAGUAUUGGCUGGCAUCGUAGCCCAAUUUGUCAGUUGGCGGGUCGUAUAUUGGAUAGCAGUUGGCGUGCAAUGGCUAGUCUUGAUCAUGAUGUGGGCUACGAUACCAGAUUACCCCAGGCGAAACAAGGAUUUGACAUACCCUCAAGUCUUCGUUACAAUGGGGAAGUUUCUGAUAACGGAGCCAGUAUUAGUUCAAGCGGUGCUCAUCAAUAUAGCUAGUAUGGGGACAUUCACCAAUUUCUGGGUCACUCUUACGUUCCUCCUUGGCGGGCCGCCAUACAACUUCUCUACUCUCGGGAUCGGACUUUUUGGUCUCAUUGGAAUCGCGGGAGUUUGCUGCGCUCCAUUUACUGGUCGUCUGGUAGACACGCUACAUCCAUACUUUUCGGUUCUCAUCUCUACAAUCCUUCUCCUCAUCGUUUGGGCGAUCGAGACAGGCGCAGGAGGCAUCACUGUCGCUGCCGUGGUCAUCACCUGCUUCGGAAUUGACGUCUUUCGGCAAAUGCAGCAAGUUAGCUUGACUAAUUGGGUGUUCGGACUGGAGACUGAUGCGAGGGCGCGACUGAAUGCAAUAUUGCUGAUUUCGCUCUUCAUUGGUCAGGUAAUGGGCACUUCCGUCGGUUCUCUCGUAUUCGUCAACCACGGGUGGAGACCAGCAGCGGGUCUGGGCCUCGGUUGGGAAGGAUUUUGCUUACUCGUGCUUCUGGCUAGAGGUCCUAAUGCUGGACGCUACACAUGGAUUGGAUGGGAAGGUGGUUGGCGUAGGCUGCGGAGGCCGUCUAACACAACAGGGCCCGAAGACCUCGAACAGGCCAGCAACGGCAUCGGUAAGGAGAACCCUGUAGAAGUCGAUGAAAAGAAAGAGACAGUCGUUGAUUCACAUCAGGUCGAUUCGAAGGGCCCAGAAAAGCAGGAAUAUUCACGAGGAUAAUUAAUCCAAACCACCCCAUUGUUAGCCGUGGUCGACUCGGAGGUUGGCGAGCGAGAAAGUCUGAGCCACUAGAGUUGCGUAGGACAGUCACGUCGCGAACGUUGACAUUUCUUUAAUCAUGAUAUUUACGAUGUAUACCGAUAGAUGCAGACUAAGGAAAUCACUCUGGAGCCUUUAAGAAAUAAGUACGCCAACCUUUGUCCGGGCGAGCCGUACUGU